GCGGGUGUUUGCGCGUUGCUGGAAUUCCAGCAUGGUGCAGCCCCAGCCCUUCCGCUGCCUUGACAGCUCUCCUCCAGCCCUCAGCUGAUGCGUUGCAUUCCUGCCCGGCAGAUGGCCUGGGCACAGCUGGGAGAGGCACCCCAGCUCCUGCUUGCGGGGCCGAUGGGGGUCUUUGCUGCCUACAUGCCUUGGUGAGGGCGAAGGAAGCUGAGAGCAGUGGUGUGUGUGCCUGGGACAGCCACGAGGAGCCUGCUUUAGGGGUGGAAAAUGAGCUUUGCAGAAUGCUUGUAACUAUUUCCAGGCUGCAAGCGUCCCGUAAUGAACUUAACUUCUCAACAGCUGCAGAAGCUUGCAUCCUGGUGAGAGAGCACGGAGCCCACUGGAAUCAGAGUGCUCAGCACUGCCGGAGUGGAGCGUGUGCAGGGAGAGGAGACGGGAAGCAGAGGAUCUGUGGAAAGAUUUGCAUAUGGUAAUUAGGAGCAUAUGUGGUGGGGGCUGGGUCAGAGGACAGCUGGAGGAGGAGGAGGAGCAGAUUCCAGGCCAGAUCACCCAGGCCAUGUCCCUGAGUCAUGGCCUGCAAGUGGCUCCUGCUGAGUGCCACAUGCCAGCUGGUAUCUGAAUUCCCCCAUGAGAAGUGUCCUACCAGCCUCUCAUGCACAGCCCUACUUGCCCAUGGGUAGCACCAACUUAACUGAUGUCCUGAAGAGCAUUCCUCACCAUGGAUAGUCCACCAAAGCUGACUGGCGAGACGCUGAUUGUCCAUCACAUUCCCCUGGUGCAUUGCCAGGUCCCAGAUAGACAGUGCUGCUCCGUGAACAAAAGGACCAACCCCUUCUGUCAGCCAGAUCUGAGCGUUACACGGACCUCUGCCCUUCCAGAGAGAGACCUCUCACAGACCGACUCCUUGGUGUACAGCAGCUUUCUCCAGACCUCCGAAAGCUCAGCAGAGGCCUCAGAAAACAGAGAAGGCAAAGCGAGGGACUUGAUUGUCCCUAGUGCCAGCAAGCGACACAACCCUUUCUUACUGAACGAGGGAGAAGACCUCAGCAUCUUUGGGGAUGACUUUGGUCAGAAAUCUUUCCACCUUCACAACUCCCUUGUGGCUGGCAAACCUCCCUUUCACCUGCAUGAGCUAGCCUUGCCUCCUUUCCACCUCCACGACUCCAACCAAAUUGUGAAAUCCUGGAACAUGGCCAGCCGGUCCGGUGUGGUAGAUGGGCAGGAGGACAAAAUCAGCAGUGACGACAUCCAGAAGAGGAACAACGCGAACCGGUGCCACCAGGCCACCGAACGCAUGGAUCUGGAUCAAUGCAGCUGCCAUCGCGGCAGCUCCUCCAGCUUCUCCUUUGAUGGUGGCAACCAGGAGUGGAACCAAAACACGGGUGAAUCACUGAGGAAUCAGGAUGCCCUGCACAGCCGGACGUGCAGCUGUUCCAGCUCCGAGCUCCACCGCUGUCGCUGCUACAGUUCGUCAAGUCAGUCUGAAGUGAUUGACCAGCAGAUGGGCUACAUCAGCGACUCUUCCUGCAACAGCUCCGAUGGGGUGCUGGUGAACUUCAGUGCUCUCUACAACAAAAUGAACGGCCAUUCUCGAUCUAACCUGAAUUCAGCCAACCUGUCCUGUGACUCUUCCUUCUGCAGCCACUCAGACACAGGAGCUUUUUACCUGGAUUUGCAUUCAUCACCCACAGACUCCAAGAUGUCAUGUGAGUCGCAUCACCCAGAGAGUUCAGGGAAGGCGUGUGAGUGUCACCGCUCCUCCUCACCUGUCCUUGAUGCUAACUGCAACUCCUACCACCUCCACUGUGAGCCUUGCACUUCAGAGAGCUCAGACCUCACUGCCUGCUUCCAGAGCCAAGCACGGCUCGUUGUGGCUACUCAGAAUUAUUAUAAGUUAGUCACGUGUGACUUGUCUUCCCAAUCAUCCCCCAGCCCGGCAGGAUCGUCCAUAACUAGCUGCUCGGAAGACCACACCAAAGGUAGCCCAGCCCAGCCCACUGAAUACUAUCUUUUUAGAAGGCCUGACCUGAGACAAGAAGAAGGCAACGUGGAGUGCAGUGAAGAGGAGACAAAGGGAGAAACCACGCAGAACAUGAUUGAGGGCCAGGUCUAUGUGAACGUGUCGCCACCUAACCUCAACACAAGCCGGCAGCGCUCCAGGAGCUAUGAUCAGAACCUGGACAGGAGCCCUAGCAGCAGGCUGGGCUCUCUGGAGCGCAUGGUGAGCUGUCCGGUCAAGCUGAGUGAAAGCCCAGCGAUACCCAUCCAGAGUUCCCCCCCGAAGCGAGUGACAUCUUUUGCCGAACUUGCUAAAGGCAGGAAAAAGAACGGCACCUCCCCACCGCUCCGGUCCAGUGGCGAUUCCUCCUUGGAGUUCUCCCCUAUCCCUGAGACACAGCGGGAUUGCCCAACCUUCCUUGAAGAAAGAGCUCGCCGCAGCCAGAGUCUUCCACCCAUGCCCUUCGUCCAUGGCCUGAACCAGAGCUGCGAGGGCUUCUGUUUGAAUCACCCUUUUGGGGACAGACAGGCUUUGUGCUCCACCAAAGACUCGGGCUCCACUGAGACCGUCCCCAGUGGGCACGGGGCAGGUGAGCAAGCCUCUCUCUCCCUGCUGACGGAGGCAGAUGCCAGCUUCUCAGGUAGCUCUGCCAGUGGCCACGGACAAAGAGAUGUUAGAGCCCGAGCAGACGGUGGCGGCACAGACAGCAAGCCUGUGGUGCGCUACAGCAAGGACCAGCGUCCCACGACUCUGCCCAUCCAGCCCUUUGUUUUCCAGCACCACUUCAGCAAGCCGCCCAAGGCCCGUGCUCUGCACAGCCACUUUGCCUCCAGCCUUUCUCAACUCUACAGCUUGUCCAGCAACCGGCCUGCCAGCCAGCAGAUCUCCUCCAAUUCCCAGGCCUCUGCCACCUUGGCGGAGCAGGCAGUGGGGACCCAAGCCCACAGCACGCUGCUGACCCAGCGCUCAGCGGAUGGAGCUGCCUCCCUCAACGACGGCUGCAUCAAGAAGCCAGCCCCGGAGACAACCCGGCCGUCCCCCCUGGGCAGUUAUUCUCCCGUGCGAUGCAACGUGCCUUUCUUUCAGAGCGUGGACUCCUCUUCCUCACCCACCGCGGAGAGAGCUGGAGAGAGCCAGCCUCCCAGGAGCAGGUCCUGUCCCAUCUCUGCCAACCUGCUCCCUACCAGGUCUUCCCCUGCUGUCAGUGCCAUGCAACCCUCCCAAGUCACCAAAGCCGAUGCCCUGAGGCAAAAGGAGAACCCCAGGCUGGUUCCCAAGAAGGAGGCACCGCUGGAGCCAAGCCCACCGCUCUCUGAGUACCGACUCCACAGCGGGUCCCUCCCGCCCCUUUCCCUGGGCGGUGUGCCCGUGAGCCGAGGUGGAGCCCGUGCAGAUCCCCACUGGAGGAGUGGCAGUGAGACCAGCAGCUCUGGUCCCCUGAGCAGCAUGGGAGUGCGGCCCCUCAAUGCGAACCACCUCUCCCCUCAAGCGCUGAAGUGGCGAGAGUACAGGCGGAGGAACCCCCUGGGCCUGGACCGCGUUUCGGGGCUGCCCGGCUUAGCCAGCAGCCUAGACAGGAGGCAGCAGGAGCCCCGGCUGAACCGGGAGAACCCCAUCUUUGAGUUCCCCAGCACCCUCAACACCAACAAUUUCCACUGCAAGCUGAACGGACAGUCCAUGAGGCAACUCCAGCUUACCUACACUGACUUCUUCCCUGACUACUUCUCACUAGCUGAGAAGCCCCCAGCUGAAUUCUGCCUCUCCCCGGAUGGCAACACGGAGUCCAUCUCUAUUGACUUGCUGCAGAAGAAGGCUCUGGUGAAGGCAGUCAACACUGCUGUCGAUCUGAUUGUGGCUCACUUUGGAACCAGCAGGGAUCCAGGGGUGAAGGCCAAACUUGGGAACAGCUCUGUGAGCCCCAAUGUGGGACAUCUCAUCCUGAAAUACCUGUGCCCCGCUGUCCGGGACAUCCUGAGUGAUGGGCUCAAGGCCUACGUCCUAGACAUGAUCAUUGGCCAGAGGAGAAACAUCCCCUGGAGCGUGGUGGAGGCAUCCACCCAACUAGGCCCCUCUACCAAGCUGCUGCACAGCCUCUAUAGCAAGAUCAGCCAGUACACGGAGCUCACCAACCACAACAUGAGGUUCAACGCAUUCAUCUUCGGCCUCCUCAAUAUCCGGUCCUUGGAGUUCUGGUUCAACCACCUCUACAACCAUGAAGAUAUCAUCCUGGCACACUACCAGCCGGUGGGCUUCUUGUGCCUGUCUCAUAGCGUGUGCCAGCCUCUGUUCGAGGAGCUCCUGCUCCUUCUCCAGCCUCUCUCCCUGCUGCCCUUCAACCUAGACCUCCUUUUUGAGCACCACCUGAUGCAGAUGGGCAAAGAGCAGCAGCAGCAGAAGGAGCUGCUGCGUGUGAAGCAGGACCUGCUGCUUUCCGCACACUCCACCCUGCAGCUGAUGCGGACGCGGGGCAGCAGCGAGGAUCCCGAUGGCUGCAGCACUGCCCCUGAAGCAUGCAAAGUGGGUGGCAGAGACGGUGGCGUGUCACCAGGCCACAGCCCUGAACGAGCUGCAAGUGAGAGGGUCAAGGGAGUGGGGGCCUCCUCCGGAGAUGGGGACAGGGAGGAAGAGCAGAGGAAGGUGCGAGAGAGUACGUGGGAAGGGAAGAAAGACAAGCAGGCGGGCUGGUGGUACCAGCUCAUGCAGAGCUCUCAGAUUUACAUCGAGGGCUCGACUGAAGGCUCGAAGCUCAUCCGUUAUGAAAAGAAGAAGAAGGCAUCGAGUGGUGUCCCCAGGCCAGCUGAGAACCACAGGGCACCACCUCCACGUGAAGGCGUGGUGGAGGGUGCAGAAGCCUGCCCCAUCGCUGAAGGAAUCUUGGAGGAGAAGCCCAAGGCCACCAGCAAGCCAAGUCCUGGAGCUGUGGAAGAGCCCCUGGAAAAGCCCCAGCAGGUACCAGCCGGUGAAGAGGUCAAGGAGCGGAGCUGGCCCUUCUGGAUGGGCAGCCCCCCAGACUCAGUGGUUACAGAGCUGAAGCGCAGCAAGGAGAAGGAGACUGGGACUCAGCAAAGCUUGGGAGCAGCAGCAGCCCCCCAAGAGGAGAGCAGCAGCAGUGCAUCAGAGAGCAGCCAGCCCAUCAAGUGGGGACACUUGUUUGGGUCCAGGAAGGUGCAAAAAGAGCCCAGGCAACCUAACAGGUUGCCCUCCGGCUGGCUGAGCCUGGACAAGUCCGUGUUCCAGCUGGUGGCCCAGACGGUUGGGGCAAGCAUGUGGCGAGAAGCAGCCCCUGAGCCAGAGCCCCCCCGGGCAGAGCCACCUGAAGUGUCACCUGUGCCACGGCCAGCCCAGGGGCCGUGUCCCAACCCUCCCUGCGAGGUGAAAGCUCUUUGCCAUCACAUCGCCACCGAGGCAGGACAGCUGAGCUUCAACAAAGGGGACAUCCUGCAGGUCAUCUCCAAGGUGGAUGGUGACUGGCUGCAGUGCAGCCUCGGCUCCGAGAAGGGACUGGUGCCCAUCAUGUACGUCACCCACCCGGAGGACGAGGACUACUGACGUGGCUGGGAGGCCAAGCACAGUACCGUGGGCUGCUGAGGCUCCUCUGGGGAUGCCCACCCUGCCAGAGGAACAGACACAGCUUCUUGCUAGUUUCUUACCUUUCUUGCCAUUACAGAAUACAGUAACCGUAGGUGGUUCCUUCUUGCUCCUCCUCGUGCAGCUGCCAAAGGCCAAACCGGCCACGGGGCCUUCCACAAGCUGCACCUCGUAUUGCCAGGCAUCGCCGUGCAUGCAGCCGCACCGGGCACCGUCUGAGCCCCCUCCACCCCACGCCACCUCCAGCACCCGCAGGUGGUGGGCUUGUACGUAGCAGGGAUCCGAGCGGUCCCUGCCAGCGUGGCGCUGGCUCAGUUUCACGCUGGAGGGUGCAGGAUGCUGGCAGUGCGGCCUCCAGCACCCCCGGUGUCAUCGCCACGGGGUGGGAGCACCGUGCACUGCCACGCUGCCCGGCCACGGCCACGGGAGGGGACAUGGGGUGCGUGUGUGUGCAGGGAGAGGGUGUUUGGGUCGUGAGGAAGGCGCGUGGAUGUUCGGUGUGAUGUAGGUCCAGGUUGGGUAGCGCCACCCUGUGCGGAGCCGGGUGCUGCGGGGUGCCCCCGCGCCCUCCACGCUGAGCAGGGAGCCAGUGCCUCGGGUGCCCUGGGAUGCUCGGUGGAGGGGGGUGGGAGGGGAAGGGGUGAGGGCAGGGUCCCCGACAGGGCUAGGGGUGGGAUGCUGUUUGGAGACGGGGGCCGUGCUCCCAGCAGGGAGAGCAGGGGGUGCUCCCAGAGGGAGCAGGGAGAUGGGGAUGGAGGGUUGGGGUGGGGGGGGAUGCUCCCCAUGGCGUGCGGUCGGGGGCAAGUGUCAUGCACAAGGGGAUGCUGGGGUUCCUGGGCUUCCCGGUAGAGGCAAUACCAGCCCACCCCUGCCUUGCCAUGUUCUUGGGGUGGGGGUCCUUGCCUGCCCGCUGGGUGGGGGACAGUGUUAAUGAAAGGCCGUGCCAGUAUUUGGUGCCUUGGCCGGGUGGGUGCUGCUCACGGCGUUGUGCCUGGGCUGGCUUCCCCGUGGCGAGGGGCCCUGGUCUUGCAAGGUUACCUCCUGCUUGUACAUCGCUUAGCGGACGUCGCACCGUAUUUAAUUUGUAUUUCCCCAUUAGAACGAGGUGUCUCGCCUUUAUUUAUUUCUUUAUUUAUGAUGCAUAUUAAUAAAAAAGGUGCUGAUUGAG